AUGGCCUCUGAAGAUGUUGCCAAAGUCACCAGCGAACCGCUGAAGGAUGAGAAGACUCCACCUGCAUACAGCAAACAUGCUGCGCAGGAUAUUAAGCCCAGCGACGCGGAGGAGAAUGAUAACCCGGCAGCUCCUCCGGGAGAGUUGAAGCGCAAGCUCAAGAGUCGGCACUUGCAGAUGAUCGCAAUUGGUGGAACUAUUGGCACAGGUCUCUUCAUUUCCAGUGGAACGGCUAUCGCAAACUCCGGUCCAGCAGGCGCCUUGAUUGCAUACAUCUUUGUCGGAUCAAUUGUCUAUUCGGUCAUGAGCUCCCUCGGUGAAGUCGCAACCUAUAUUCCUAUUCCCGGCGCCUUUACCUCCUACGCCGCUCGUUUGAUCGACCCGAGUCUCGGUUUUUCUAUGGGAUGGAUCUAUUGGUUCAAUUGGGCUUCGACGUUUGCUGUCGAGUUGACUGCCACGGGAACGAUUAUUCAAUACUGGGACCCGAGCUUGAAUAUUGCCAUCUUCAUCGGCGUUUUCUGGGUAUUUAUUACAGCUUUGAAUUUCUUGCCGGUCAACUUCUACGGUGAAUUAGAGUUCUGGUUCUCGACUAUCAAAGUGGCGACCGUCAUCGGCUUCAUGAUCUUCGCAAUCUGUGUCGAUGUGGGAGUCGGCGAGCAGGGCUACCUUGGAUUCCGGUACUGGCAUGAACCUGGAGCCUUCAACACUUACCUUGUUCACCAGCCGGAGUCCGUAGGCAAGUUUGUUGGAUUCUGGGCAGUGCUGAUCCAGGCCGGUUUCUCAUACCAGGGAACCGAGCUUGUGGGUGUGGCAGCGGGUGAGACUGAGAACCCCCAGAAGACUGUUCCUUCGGCAAUUCGCAAAACCUUCGUGCGAAUUCUGUUAUUCUUCGUCUUGACGAUCUUUUUUAUCGGACUGGUCGUUCCCUACACCAAUGACAGACUCACCACUGGACACACCAACGCUUCUUCUUCACCUCUGGUCAUUGCGGCAGAUCUUGCCGGAGUGAAAAUUCUCCCCAGUCUGAUCAACGCGGUGCUUCUGACCGUGGUAUUGUCUGCCGCAAACUCCAACGUAUAUAGCGGCAGCCGUAUCUUGACCGGAUUGGCUCAUGAGGGAUUCGCGCCUAAGAUCUUCGCCCGAACCACCGAGGGUGGUGUGCCAUACGUCAGCGUCAUAUUCACUGCACUAUUUGGCCUCUUGGGUUUCAUGAACGUGUCGGAAGACGCAGGACAGGUUUUCAACUGGCUGGUGAACUUGUCGAGUGUCGCCGGAUUUGUGACUUGGUCCUGCAUCAAUGCCUCCCAUAUCGCAUUUAUGCAGGCACUGGCUGCACGUAAAGUUUCUCGCGAUACGCUCCCAUACAAGGCCAUCCUGCAGCCGUAUUUGGCUUGGUACGGUCUUUUCUUCAACGUGCUUAUCGCCCUGACGCAGGGAUUCACUGCUUUUAUUCCCACGUUUAACGUGACAGACUUUUUCUUUGCAUAUAUCUGUCCUAUCGUGUUUGCGGUGCUGUACAUUGGCCACAAGCUGAUCACGCGGUCAAAGAUCGUUCGCUCUGCAGAGGCUGAUGUUGACACUGGUCGACUUCACUUCGAGAAGGAAACCGGCCCUCCCAAGAAGUGGUACUGGCAGGUAUGGGGCUGGGUCACCAAGUAA